AUGGCAGAAAGCCAUGAUUCUUCAGCCCACCUUCCUCCUCCUUCCUCCUCCACCCAACUUGGAGGAUGGAGAGCAGUCAAAUACAUUCUUGGGAACGAGACAUUUGAGAAGUUAGCUGCGAUGAGUUUGAUAGCCAAUCUGGUGGUGUAUCUGCAUACCCAAUACAACUUAGACAACACAUAUUCUGCAGAGGUUUUCAGUAUUUGGUCUGGUUUUAGCAAUUUUCUCCCACUUCUUGGUGCUUACCUUGCUGAUGCUCAUCUGGGAAAGUACCAUAUGCUCUUCUUUGGCCUUAUUGUGUCUUUUCUGGGCAUGGCCUUAGUGUCACUGGGUGCAGGCAUACCAUCCUUAAGACCUCCGGCCUGCACUAACCCAUCUGACUGCAUUCAGCCCACGGGCCUGCAACUCUCAGUCCUUUAUAUUGGGCUUGGGCUUCUGGCUUUGGGCUCUGGUGGGCUUAGGCCCUGCAAUAUUGCCUUCGGAGCAGACCAAUUUGAUGUGUCCACAGAGAAAGGAAGGGCUCAACUAGAGAGCUUCUGCAACUGGUGGUACUUGUUGUUCACCGUUGCCCUCCUCGUAGCUCUCACCCUUGUCGUUUACAUUCAAACCAACAUAAGCUGGCUCUUAGGCUUCGCCAUUCCCACCGCCUGCUUCGCGCUCUCCGCAGUACUUUUCCUUUUAGGUCGCAAAACUUACAUUCGCCUGAAGCCCAGAGGCAGCGUCAUUGUUGACCUAGUGAAGGUGAUCGUAGCAGCAAGCAGAAAACGGCAUGUGAAUAUAGGGACAGAUUCUGAACUCUCCUAUUAUGAUCCCCCGCCGUCGGACCCAAAGAUGACCGUCGUUCGCACGGAUAGGUUCCCGUGUUUGGAUAAAGCUUCUGUGAUUAUGAAUGCGAAUGAACUGAACGACGAAGGAAAACCCAGGGAUGGUUGGAGGUUGUGUAGCGUCCAGCAAGUGGAAGAACUCAAGGCCAUACUAAGAACCACACCUGUUUGGGUCGCGGGAAUAUUCUGCUUCCUCUCUAUGACACAAACAGGGUCCUUUGGAAUCCUUCAAGCCAUCCAAAUGCACAAAUCAGUGGGAAACCAUCAUUUUAACAUACCACCUGCUUGGUUAGGCUUAGUACCCAUGAUUUCGCUUUCUAUUUGGAUUUACAUUUACGAGAAAAUCUUCAUCCCUUGGGCUCAAAAGGCCUUAGCAGGAGGCAGAAGGUUGUCGAUAGAACACAGGAUAUUGAUCGGAAUUGUUUUCUCCAUCGUAUGCAUGGUCGUUUCAGGGACGGUAGAGGUUCAACGACGUGAGUCGGCUUUGAAACAGGGGUCGUUUGAAUCACCGAGCAGCAUGUGGAUGCUGGUCCCGCAGUUUGCACUAUCUGGGUUAACCGAAGCCUUCGCGGCCAUAGCCAUGAUGGAGCUAUUGACGACGUAUUGGCCGGAGAACAUGAAGGCAAUAGGUGGUGCAGUGUUCUUUCUGAGCCUGUCCAUAGCGAAUUAUUUGACGACGAUUCUUAUUGAAGUGAUAAAAGCGACGACGUCGUUGAACGGAAGGACGCCAUGGUUGGGUGGGAAUGACCUGAACAAGAAUAGGCUUGAGUAUUAUUACUACACCAUUGCUGUGAUUGGGGUGUUGAACCUGUUUUAUUUUAGUUUCUUUGCUCGUCAUUUUCUGUACAGUAAAGUGCUUCCAGUUAGGCCCAGUGUUGCUGAACAGCUAGACAGUGAAGAAAAAGGAACAAGAUAA